CGUGCGUGUCCUGGGACAAACGUCACUCCUGAAAUCUUCCACCCAGGAGUAAAUGAGUCCGCAGCAGAGGAGUGGUUGUGACUUGUUGUUGUUUUUUGGGUCAUAUUCGGCAGCGUUUAAUAGUCUUCGUGUUUACUUGUUGUUUUGAGCGCCGUAGUAGUAGAAGAGGGGGAACCAGCAGCAGCAGCAGCAGCAGCAGCAGCAGCAGGUGCAUAUGGAUGCCGAUAAAACUCAAGGCAAACUCCCUCCACAUGGCUUGAUUCAACAGAAGAGAAGAAUCUGUUAAAAACAACUACGGUAGUUUAUUCCUUUAAGAACAGCGAUGGAAAUCGUGAGAUUAUACCAUCGUGGCUGUCCAGAAUAGCAUGUUAAUCCCUGGGAAAGGCAGCUUCUUGUCCCCUGCUCCUCCAACAUGCAUAAACAAAGUUACCUCAACUCCAAGCCGUGACUUCUUCCACUCUCAUGAACCGGGCUUUGUUUGGAAACACAAACUGGUGGAUAACGCUGUCAAACUGUAGUGUGGACUUUCUGGAUAUCUGUGGAAAAGAAGGGACUCAAUGGAGAAGUACAAGCCGAGCGGAGCAGCUGUGAACGGAACAGCCAAAGACCGAGUGGAAAGUGUGGAUCCGUACGGCUUUGAACGCUCAGGGGACUUUGAUUACGAGUCAUAUGAGGAGCUCAUGUCUGAGUAUCUGGUUGUGCUUACUCGGCGCUCCAUCAAGUGGUCCAAAAUGCUGAAGGGGAAAAACAAGGUGCAGAAGAAUGUCAAAUUAAAACGUUAUGUACGUAAGGGGAUUCCCAAUGAGAACAGGGCUCUGAUCUGGAUGGCCGCCAGUGGGGCUCAAGAAAAGCUGGACAAGAACCCUGGAUAUUACCAGUCCCUGCUCGGAGGACAGCACGACCCCAAACUGGUGGAGACCAUCUGCACAGACUUGAACAGAACAUUUCCAGACAAUGUCCAGUUUCGUAAGACGUCCAACCCAUGUCUGCAGAAAGCUCUGUACCGCGUACUACUGGCUUAUGGCCACCACAACGCGUCUGUGGGCUACUGUCAGGGGAUGAACUUCGUAGCCGGGUAUCUGCUUCUUAUCACCAAAGAUGAAGAAAAGUCCUUUUGGCUGAUGGACGCACUGCUGGGCAGAAUCUUACCAGACUACUACAGUCCUGCCAUGCUCGGGCUGAAGACCGACCAGGAGGUGUUGGGGGAACUGGUGAAAGUGAAAGCUCCCAGAGUCUGGCAAACCAUGCUGGAUCAUAACGUCAUGUGGACUCUGGUGGUCUCUCGAUGGUUCAUCUGCCUCUACAUAGAUGUCUUACCGGUGGAGACCGUUCUGAGGAUUUGGGAUUGCCUGUUUUACGAGGGCUCCAAGAUCUUGUUCCGCGUAGCUCUGACACUGAUCCACCACAACGAGGCUCUGAUCCAGGAGGCCCAGUCCCUUCCAGACGUCUGCCAAAACUUCAAGCAAAUCACUCGUGGACCAUUCGUGGAGGAAUGCCACACUUUCAUGCAGAAAAUAUUCACUGAACCAGGAAGCCUCUCUAUGGCAACCUUGACUAAACUGCGUGAGACAUGUCGAUCUCGCAUCAUCGCGGAGGAAUCUUGAACCAAACACGACUACCUGCUGAAAGUCUAAUCACAUUCCACUGGGAUCAGGACCCAGCAGCUCUUUUGCACAGUUUUUUACCGACUCAUUGUCACACUGACGACAUGCUGAGUAGUUUCUCUGAAACAGAUUUAGUGUAAAUAUUCGGUCUAAGAUGAAGAAUAGUUAUAUCUCUGUGCUGUAUUAACUGAUAAUUCCACUUUAUCAUAUCAGUCUUAUUUUGUUAAUAUUUGGUAUUUUGCACUUUACUCCAGAGAGUCAGACACACUGUAGAGACAUGUCAGAUGAAUGAUGUGCUGCACGCUGUAAACACAGCCACAGGGCCUGCUGUGCUCCCUGCUGACACCACCUGCUGUAGGAAUGAAUGUGAGUCUUUGUAGUUUGAUGACUUUUUUUCUUAAACAUUUCAAAAUCUGUCACUCUUGUUGAAGUCUUUGUUGUGGUUUCUGACCUCAGCUAUUAAAGUGUACUAACAUGCAUUUAUCAAAGCACACGUCAAA